AUGCUCAAACAAAAUGCCGGACCCUUAAAGAAUCGAGGCGUGGAUCGCUCAGUGGUAGCGAACGGUCACUCGAGAAAGGUUGAUGAUCAUCUGACUGAGUGUGAUGGACCAAAGGAGCCAUAUGCGAGCCUAGGUAGCAUAACCACUGCUGCGGCUUAUACUGCCCUUCCCGGCUGGACAACUAUAGCUUUCAUGAUCUCGCUCAUUUUUGGUGGUUGUUGUGCCAAUGUCUUUGCCCUGGAAGCCAUUAUUAAGGAGCAACCGAGCUCAGGACCCCUCAUAACGUUUGCACAAUUUAUCCUGACUGCAUUGUUAACGUCUCCAAGCUUUCUGUCUCUGUCGGCGGGCCCUGAGUCACUGUUUCUCAGUCGACGCGUAAUACCUCUGAGAUCAUGGCUGGUAUACACAACUUUCUUUGUGACCGUCAAUCUUCUAAACAACUGGGCCUUUGCGUACAAGAUCUCUGUCCCACUACACAUUAUCUUGAGAUCCGGGGGGCCCGUGGCGUCCAUGCUCGUUGGUUAUGCAUUCAAUGCUAAGAGAUACUCACGCGGCCAAAUCCUCGCGGUAGCUAUGCUUACUGUAGGUGUCAUCGCUGCAGCGUUGGCGGAUGCUCGUACGAAAGGUCAAUCCACAAGCGCUGGGUAUCACCAGAAUGAUUCCACUAUGGCUAGUACAUUGAUUGGGUUUGGUAUCCUUGCCCUAGCAAUGGUAUUGUCGGCUUUCCAAGGAGUUUACGCGGACCGACUCUAUGAGUCUUACGGCAGAAACCAUUGGAAGGAGGCCCUCUUUUAUUCGCACACACUUUCUCUGCCCCUCUUCCUACCAACCUACUCACACCUUUUGGCUCAAUGGCGGGCGUUGCUGUCUUCGCCUUCGUUACUCUCUAUAGUUUCUGCUAUCGCUGCAAAAAAAGGGUCUGUCUCAAGUUCUCCCCUACUACUCGGCACCGGCUUAGCUGCUACCUCAAGAACGGCGUUGGUGAAAUCAGUGCCCAUGCCAAUCAUCAGCACUACUACCAUUCAUCUGCUGGCAGAACUUGAGCGCUUCAAGUCUCUCCAGUUCAUAUUAGCUUGUAUACCAAUACAGGUUUUCUAUCUUCUAAUGAAUGCCCUAACACAAUAUCUGUGUAUCCGUGGGGUUCAUCUUCUUUCAGCAAAAUCAUCCUCACUAACAGUAACUAUUGUGCUCAACGUUCGAAAACUCAUCUCGCUGUUACUAUCCAUCUACCUCUUCGGAAAUAAUCUUGGGCCAGGUGUGCUUAUGGGUGCCUUAUUUGUGUUCGUGGGGGGUGCUUUAUAUGGUUUCGAGGGUGCACGAUUGAGGAAGGCAUAUAAACUAUCUAACAAGAAAGACUGA